AUGUUGUUCUCCUUACUAUUCCUUGCCCUGCUAUCCUCAGCAGCAUCCUUGCCCCAAGCUCUUACUAAACAAGACUCUAAGGUCCUUCGACCCGCCGUUGAACAACGCCAAUGCUCCCUAACCCCGACCAAUCCGUCGACAUACUGGUACGAGUCCAUCAAGCACAAUGGUAUAUCUCCCGUCAUCCCCGACGGCUCCAACUGGCCCGUCUUCCGGAGCGUCAAGUCCUUCGGCGCCAAAGGUGACGGCGUCACCGACGACAGUGAUGCCUUCCAAGCCGCCAUCAACCAGGGCAACUCGUAUGCGGACCGCAGCCAGAACCUGUGCGGCACGACGGGACAGCCGGCCGUCGUAUAUAUCCCCAAGGGCGUCUAUGUGCUCGCUAAGCCCAUCCAAAUGUACGUCGGCAUGAUAAUCAUGGGGGAUCCCACCGACCGGCCUACCAUCAAGGCCAGCUCUAACUUCGAUGGAAAUUUUGUCAUAUACGGCAAGGAUCCCAGCAAAACGGACGCCACGAUCAACUUCUAUCUGGGGCUCAAGAACGUGAUAAUUGACUCGACGGCUGUGAAUAAGGAUAAGAGCUUGACCUUGCUCGACUGGAGCGUAAGCCAGAACACGCAGCUCGCCAAUGUGAGAUUCCAAAUGCCGUAUGACUCGAGUGGACACACUGGUAUUGCGAUGCCGGAAGGGGGCUCGGGAACGAUCAUGGAAGAUUUAUACUUCCACGGUGGUGUUAUCGGUCUGAGUUUGAAGAACCAGCAGUAUCACCUUAAAAGUAUGACCUUCGACGGUUGCUCAACGGCCAUCAGGGUCAGCGGCAGCUACAUGGCAAACUGCCAGGGCUGCAUAUUUUUACUUUGCGGCGUUGGCGUCGAUACCACCCACAGCGAUUGGUUGCAAGGCCUGGGGACAUUCAUCAUGAUCGAUUCCUCAGCCACUAGCACCGGUGUCCUCAUCAAUACUGUCGCCGCCACCGCCGGAUAUGAUUCCAUUGUGCUGGAAAAUGUGCAAGUUGAUGGCUCAGUUUCCUCUACUGUCACAGCCAGCGGCAACACGGUGCUUAAAGGAAGUGUUGCCAAGGGACAGGCCUGGGUUUAUGGCAACACCUACAGCCCCGGUGGCCCCAACACAGGCGUCUUCGAGACAGGCAAAACCCACAGCACUGUCCGAGCUAGCUCGCUUGUGGACGGCCUAGGAAGUUUCUACCGAUUUGCGCCUCCGACGUAUCAGGAGUACGGAGUGGACCAGUUCAUCAACGUCAAGGACGUGGCCGGAUUGCCGGUUGCUGGUGACGGCACAACUGACGACACAGCUAAUCUGCAGAAGAUUAUAAACCAGUAUGCUGGUUGCAAGAUCCUUUUUUUCCCGUACGGCAUCUACCUGGUCAGUGAUACGUUGUUCUUCCCCAUAGGAAGCCGAGUGUUCGGCGAGGCCUGGUCCCAGAUCUCGGCCACUGGAAGUCGGUUCUGGGAUCCCACCAAGCCCGUCCCUAUGGUCAAAGUAGGCAACCCAGGCGAUGUAGGCGUGGCCCAGUUCAACGAUAUGCUUCUCACCGUCGCCGACGUUCUCCAAGGCUGCAUACUGCUCGAGGUCAACAUGGCGGGCGCUAACCCCGGCGAUGUCGCAUUCCACAACACGCACUUCCGAGUUGGAGGAGCCAAUGGUUCCAAGGUCUGGACUAACUGUGGCGGCAAUCCCGAUACGUGCAAGGCCGCCUUUAUGCUGGCCCAUUUCACGUCUACGUCCUCCGCGUAUGUCGACAACAUGUGGGCUUGGGUAGCUGACCACGAUCUCGACGGCGGCCAUAGCACACCCCACAUCGCAGUUGGUCGCGGUGUCUUGAUCGAGUCCACCAAACCUUUGUGGUUCCUUGGUUUCGCAGUGGAACACAGCACCCUGUACCAAGUCAACAUCAACAACGCCCAGAAUGUCUUCAUCGGGUUCCAGCAAAGCGAGGCGCCCUAUUGGCAAGGCAACGAAUCACUCAGCAGCACGCCCGACCCGUGGUAUCCAGUGGCUCUUGCCAGUGACCCGGACUUCUCGUGGUGCGGCGGCGGCGAUGCACAAUGCCGCAUGGCCCUGUAUCAACGGAUUUCAGGAUCCAAGCACCUGAGUCUCUAUGCUGGUGGAUUCUGGACCUUCUACAAUAACAACAACGGUUGUAGCGGUGACUGCCAGAAUGAUGCCGUUCGUAUCGACAGUACGACGGGGCUGUAUUACUUUGGUAUAGGAGGGCAUCUUGUUAGGAACUUGGUGGUGAAUAACAAUAGCCCGCUUGUGACACACUCCUGGAGCCCCGGUGGAUGGGGUACGAAUGCGGCUGCGUUCCUUGCAGACAGCCAGUAA